AUUCCCCGCUACAUCCUUACUCUCCAUGAACUUCUGGCCCACACACCCCACGAACAUGUGGAGAGAAACAGUCUGGACUACGCCAAAUCGAAGCUGGAGGAGCUUUCCAGAAUAAUGCACGAUGAAGUGAGCGAGACCGAGAACAUCAGGAAGAACUUGGCGAUAGAGCGCAUGAUCGUAGAGGGCUGCGAGAUUCUCCUUGACACCAGUCAGACCUUUGUAAGACAAGGGUCUCUCAUCCAGGUGCCGAUGAGCGAGAAGGGCAAGAUCACCCGUGGGCGACUGGGCUCUCUGUCUCUGAAGAAGGAGGGGGAGAGGCAGUGCUUUCUCUUCUCCAAGCAUUUAAUCAUCUGCACCAGAGGUUCUGGGGGGAAGCUUCAUCUCACCAAGAAUGGAGUAGUGUCACUUAUAGACUGCACUCUUAUGGAGGACCCUGAGGGGACAGAUGACGAGUCCAAAUCAGACAAGAGCGGCCAGGACAUGGAGCACCUGGACUUCAAGAUUGUCGUGGAGCCAAAGGACAGCCAGUCAUUCACCGUCAUCCUGGUGGCCUCCUCAAGGCAGGAGAAGUCUGCAUGGACCAGUGACAUCAGCCAGUGCAUCGACAACAUCCGCUGCAAUGGCCUGAUGAUGAACGCCUUUGAAGACAACUCCAAAGUCACAGUACCGCAGAUGAUCAAGUCAGAUUCGAGCCUGUACUGCGACGAUGUGGACAUUCGCUUCAGUAAGAUGAUGAACUCCUGCAAGGUGCUGCAGAUCCGCUACGCCAGCGUCGAGCGCCUGCUGGAGAGACUGACCGAUCUCCGUUUCCUUUCAAUCGACUUCCUCAACACCUUCCUGCACUCCUAUCGCGUGUUCACCACCGCCGAUGUGGUGCUGGAUAAACUCAUCACCAUCUACAAGAAGCCCAUCAGUGCCAUCCCUGCUCGGUCCCUGGAGUUAUUCUUUGCCAGCAGCCAGAACAGCAAACUCCUAUAUGGAGAGCCUCCCAGCUCCCCCAGGGCGAGCAGAAAGUUCUCCUCCCCUCCUCCUCUCGCUAUUGCCAAGAACUCAUCCCCCAACCGCCGGCGCAAGCUGUCUCUCAACAUCCCCAUCAUCACUGGGGGCAAAGCUCUUGACCUGGCUGCCCUCAGCUGCUCCUCAAAUGGCUAUGCAAGCAUGUACUCCUCCAUGUCCCCAUUCAGCAAGACCACCUUGGACAUCAACAAACUGUACGUGUCCAGCCCGAUCACGAGCAAAAUCUCUGACGAGGGAGAGGACAAGAAGGACAAGGUGGAGGAUACCUCAGCGUGUAAACAAGAUCUCUCCGUACGAGAAGAAAGUGACAAUGAUCAAAACCAGAGUGAUGAUGGGGACCCAGAAGCGUCUCCCACCAAAUCUCCAACCACACCAAAAAACAUCAAAUGCAAAAACUCCUCAGAGUUUUCCCUGUUUUCCUACAACAAUGGCAUGGUGAUGUCCUCGUGUCGAGAGCUUGACAACAACCGCAGUGCCCUGUCUGCUGCCUCCGCCUUCGCUAUUGCUACAGCCGGAGCCAAUGAGGGCACCCCUACCAAGGAAAAAUACAGACGGAUGUCCCUCGCCAGUACAGGUUUUCCGACAGAUCAGAGAAACGGAGACAAGGAGUUUGUGAUCAGACGAGCGGCAACCAACAGAGUCCUGAAUGUACUCAGACACUGGGUGUCCAAACACUCUCCGGACUUUGAGAGCAACAAUGAGUUGAAGACAAAGGUUAUUGCCUUCCUGGAGGAAGUGAUGCAUGACCCUGAGCUGCUGACCCAGGAGAGGAAGGCGGCAGCCAACAUCAUCAGGACUUUAACUCAGGAAGAUCACGGUGACAAUCAGAUCACCCUGGAAGACGUGACACAACUGGUUGGAGGAGGGAAGGCUGAACCCUUUGAGAACCACUCUGCGUUGGAAAUCGCAGAGCAGCUCACUCUGCUGGAUCACCUGGUGUUUAAGGUCAUCCCAUAUGAGGAGUUCUUUGGUCAAGGCUGGAUGAAGAACGACAAAAAUGAGAAGACGCCGUACAUCAUGAGAACAACGAAGCACUUCAAUGAUAUAAGCAACCUCAUUGCCACGGAGAUCCUGCACUGUGAGGACGUGGUCACUCGGGUAGUAGUCAUCGAGAAAUGGGUGGCUGUUGCUGACAUCUGCCGCUGUCUUCACAACUACAACGCUGUGCUCGAGAUCACGUCCUCACUGAACCGCAGCUCUGUUUUCCGCCUCAAGAAGACCUGGCUCAAGGUUUCCAAGCAGACUAAAGCGUUGAUCGACAAACUGCAGAAGCUGGUCUCGUCAGAGGGCAGGUUCAAAAACCUGAGAGAGGCUUUGAAGAACUGUGAUCCUCCUUGUGUGCCCUAUCUGGGGAUGUACCUCACCGACCUGGCUUUCAUCGAGGAGGGAACGCCGAACUACACCGAAGACAACUUGGUCAACUUCUCGAAGAUGAGGAUGAUUUCUCACAUCAUCAGAGAAAUCAGGCAGUUUCAACAAACAGCAUAUAAGAUUGACCUGCAACCAAAGGUAGUCCAGUAUCUCCUGGACAACAGCUCUGCUCUGGAUGAAGAAAGCAUGUACGAAGCCUCACUCAGAAUUGAGCCUAAAGUGCCCAACUGAUGGGGAAGGUGGUCGUCCACGUUAUUUUCUCUGUUAAUAUUACACAUCAGUUAACAUACACAUUUGUAUAGUUGUACAUGUUUAAGAUAUUUGCUC